UUGCCAUAACAUGGACAAAUGCACCAGAGAAUCAAUACCCCAUACUCGGCGAGGACUACAUUGUCAAGUGUGAAGUGAAGGCCGAUCCCAAUCCGACCAUCGACUGGCUUCGCAACGGUGAUCCGAUCCGCACCGGUGACAAAUACGUCGUCCAGACGCAUGGUCUGCUCAUACGUAACGUACAGGAAUCAGACGAUGGCAUCUACACUUGCCGUGCAGCUGUUAUCGAAACCGGCGAACUGCUCGAACGCACCAUUCGCGUGGAAGUAUACAUCCGGCCGGUUAUUACGCAUUUGCCAGCCACACUAGAAGCAGUCGAAGGUAAACCGUUUGCCGCAAACUGCACAGCAACUGGCAAACCGGUGCCGGAAAUUUCCUGGAUUAAAGAUGCCGCGCAACAGAAUGUCGCUACCGCCGAUCGCUUCCAAGUGAACCCACAAACUGGCCUACUUACUAUCAACUCAGUUACGCAAGAUGACUAUGGCACCUACACUUGCAUUGCCAAGAAUGACGCAGGCGUAGUGGAUCAAAAAACUAAAUUGAACGUACUCGUGCGCCCACAAAUCUACGAAUUCUACAACGUGACUGGCGUGAGUCAGAAGGAGAUUGCCAUUACAUGCCGUUCGAAGGGACGUCCAGCACCGGCUAUCACCUUCAGACGUUGGGGCACCGAAGAAGAAUACGCGCCAGGCUUACAAGCUGAUGACGAUCGCAUCUCGUUGGAGCAACAUUUCGAUGAGGAACGUGGCGAGAGCUCAGGCACACUGCGCAUUACAAGGGCCACACGCAAUGACGAUGGACUUUAUCAGUGUAUUGCGCGCAAUAAGGGUGAUACCGCCUACAAGACUGGACACAUAACUGUCGAAUUCCCACCAGACUUCACACAUAUGAAGGAUUUGCCACCAGUGUUUAGCUGGGAAGAGCGCAAGGCGAAUCUAAGCUGCCUGGCUUUGGGUAUACCAAAUGCGACCAUCGAAUGGCGUUGGAAUGGCCGCCCACUCAAGGACGCUUACGAUAAGAAUCUAGUAAUUGUCGGCACUGGACCACGCAGUGAUCUUAUUGUUCAUCCGGUAGCGCGUCAAUACUACUCCGUCUACAAAUGUAUCGCCACAAAUGUGCACGGCUCGGCCGAACAUGAUAUGCAAUUGAAAGAGGCACGUGUACCUGAUCUUGUCGCCGCCGCGAUACCACGCCAACUCACCGCCACAACAAUCACCUUUGACAUACGAGGACCUCCAACGGAGCUGGGAUUACCAAUUACCGCCUACAGCGUGCAAUACAAGGAAGCCAUCAAUCCAGAUUGGUCAACAGCACAAAAUCGUACCUGGUCGCCAGACUCACCAUACAUUGUUGAGGGACUAAAACCACAGACGUCCUACCAAUUCCGGUUUGCGGCACGCAAUCAAGUCGGCUUGGGUAUGUGGGGCGUAAAUCAACAACAAUCGACACCCAGACGUUCGGCGCCGGAGGAACCCAAACCACUGCAUUCGCCUGUGCAAAACGAUAAAGAAGAACCUGUGGUUGUGUCGCCAUACUCCGAUCACUUCGAGCUGAGAUGGAGCGUGCCAGCCGAUAAUGGCGAACCGAUCGACUUCUAUCAAAUCAAAUACUGUCCUGGCGUAAAAAUGGCUGGCACUUGGCAUGAGCUGGAAAACCAAUGCGUCUCGCAGGAUGUCGUCGAGACUACAUCGUACGAAAUGUCACGUCUAAGUGGCAACACCUACUACCGCAUCGAGUUGCGUGCGCACAAUGUGAUCGGCUUCUCAUCGCCGGCAUCGAUUAUUAUGAAGACGACACGAGAUAAUCCCUAUCACGGUGCGGCGGCUAGCAUCAGAGGCACAGCGGCAACAGCACAAAAAUGGCAACACUGCUUACUCCUAAUUGCACUGGCAACGAUCGCCACAUAUGCGUGGCCACUAAAACAACAACAACAGCGACACACAGCGUAUACGUCCUCUCUGCAGCUGGUGAAACGUGGCAACAUGCCAGCGUCAAUAGUGGCGGUGAAAUAAAUUGGCACGCAAGAGAGGCUGAAGGGAAGGAAGAGUGGAAGUGAAGAAAAGAAAAAGAAGUAGUGAAUUAACAAUUAAAAUUGUGCAACUUGUAAAUAAUAAACCACAGAACAAAUAAUUUAAAACAAAGAAAAAAGGUCACAGAUGAGCACUUCCAGUCAGACAUACAGACAUAAGCAUACAUAACUUCCGUAAGCGUUGCGUAAAUAUUGUAUGCAAAUAUAUUCCGUUUUAAAUAAUGUACAAAUAACACUCUUCGCCAAAAAAAAAUAAAAAUAGAAAA